AAGAGUUGGUUGUAAGGAGUGAGGGGAGGACAUAUUAUCUUGAGUUGUUAUAAUUUAUUAUUUCUAUAAAAGAGGUGACGGAUCAUCCCCCAAGUUCGCCUUGAUAAGCCUCACUGUACAAACCUGACCGUCGACUUCCUUGGGUCGCUGCCAAACAAGUUGCUUAGUAUUCCUCGUUAAGCCUAAAGGCCGUGACGAAGCCUUGCCGCAUCCCAGUUGCGGGGUGGCCUCGGUUUUUACGACAGUUCAGGCGAUGAUUGGAUGCCACAGGACCGGUAUGUAAGGUGUGUGCAUGUUUUGACAAGGAACAGGUAGUACAAGUUAUAUGCCUAGCGGCAAAGUUCUUGCUCUGUCCCAGAAGGGUUACAAAAACGAAGUAGGACUCCUGGAGACUCAAGGCCUCUUCUCCUGGUGUAUAAAUACUUCCGUGAAAUAAAACGUUCGUGUGUUUGGACGUUUAGCUAGCCAUGGCCUUUCGUGUCAUUAAGCGGAAGGACAUCAAGAAACAGUCCUAUUACGUGUGGUUCCUAGGGGCCAAAGAGAGUAAGGGGUUAAGAGGCGAGGAGUAUAUUCAACCAGUUCUCAGCUACUUGUUGGAUAAAGAACGCGAACUGGAACCCAUGAAAGUGACCCUUCAAGUCAGCAACAAAGGGAUAAAGAUUAUACAGAACGUGCCGAGAAAGAACAAUAAAGGUAAGACAGAACAAAUCAAACACUUCAUUCCUCAUCACGCCAUCACGUGUGUUGUCCAGGAAGACAAGCCGGACGACGACAUUGUGUGUGCCAUUCUGCUUUUGUAUAACCCACUGACCAAAUGUCCCGUUCACGUGCACGCUUAUCGGUGCGAUAGUGUGGAAACGGCCACCACGCUCAGGAGUCAGCUGCAGACCCUCAUAGAUCGUCCAGAAAAUCAGAAAAAGUUCAGAGAAAUUGAGAAUCGGCUAGCGGUCAAAGGCCUCCUGCCCUCUCGGAGACUGAACUCUGAUGGCCGCAGUACACACACUGACGGAUCAGACCCACUGGACGACUCUUUCGGGUCUGACACCGAGCUUCCUGCCCGUAAGGAUCACGUUGCAAACCUGUACGAUUCACUGGCUGCUGAACUUCGCGAACGACUGAAUAACCCAAAUAACUGUCCGAUUUUGUUACCUCCCAAAGACUACGAAACUGCUUCCAGACAUGGGGAAACCGAACAAAGGAAAAAUUUGCAAACUCGUAAUGUUGGCUUACAGAGACGUCCUCGAUCUGCUAAUGGAAGACUUGCGAAGCCAAAGGAAUCGAGUUCCAGUGGAAAAUCCAGUGGAAUUGGUUCUGACGAAGCUCUGAGCUCCGCUAUUCAGGAAGUGACGUCUCAUCCGGAUUUCGAGAGUAAAGAAGUUGACCCAGACACCAGUUCAGAUGAGGAGGAUUGGCCAGAAAGAGAGACGCUUGUUGAAGAUGAACAAAACUGGAGACGAGAUAUUCCUCGCUAUCGCCCCCGCUCACCUUCUCCCACCAUUAAAGCCCCUCCACCAAUCUUGCCUACCUAUUCUGACAGCCGACCUUUACCUAUGGUUGUUGAUAAAAGCAACAGUAAACUAGAUAAAUUUAAGAAUGAUCAGGAAAGGGUGAAGGAACCUACUUACAGAGGCUGGAAAGAUAAUUCGGUACCUUUCUCGUAUCACUUACCGCAGGUAUCCGAUUUAAAUAAUCGUUUCAAUAGAGGUCUCUCGUUGGAUAACAAAGCGAGAAAUUCUUUACAAGAAUAUAAUGAAAGGAGCGAGAUGUAUAAAAGAAACAAGAUCACAGAAGUGCCUCCUUCUGAACCGAAAGCAUAUCGUUCAUCAUCACAAUCAAAUAUCCAGGCCUUGAAUCGAACCCCUUCUCCUCCACCAACUAGACAUGUAUCUGGGCAUCAUUCUUUUGAGAUAUCGAAACAACGUAGUCAACCAGAAAUUGAGAGGGAUCGUCCUUACAUGUACGAUAGUCGUUUGGCUAAAUUUCUAACUGAACAACCAAACGAACGACCAAACCGGCCACUGGAGUACAGUAGACGAAUGGAGAGAUCAUAUCACGUGCGGCCAAGCCGUUCUGCUGACCCUAUAUCUGCCAGUCCUGAACACGCUUCGUCCAGAAGACCUCAAUCUCCUGAAUCGUAUCCAGACCGACCUGCUAGGCGACCCGUUGAGAGAUAUAUCGAUAAACGUCGCUCUCAAGCAGGCUUGCUCAUAGACGAGCAGAAAAGACGUGGAUACUUUGAUCUUCCAGUCAACACGAGGGAUUAUCGACACAGUUUUGCAGAAUCAGCCCAUCACAGAGUUCCUCUGAACUACAGUUAAUAAGGAAUUACUGACACAGUCUUGGAUAAACAGCACAUCACAGAGUUAUUUUGAACUAUAGAUAUUGAGGUAUUACACAAUCUAGCAGAACCAGUUUCUCUGAACAACAGAUAUUGAGGAAUUAAAUACACAGUUUCGUAGAACUAUCACAUCACAGAGUUCCUUGAACAACAGAUAUUGAGGAAUUAGAGACACAGUUUCGUAGAACUAUCACAUCACAGAGUUUCUCUGAACAACGGAUAUUGAGGAAUUAAAUACACAGUUUCGUAGAACUAUCACAUCACAGAGUUUCUCUGAACAACAGAUAUUGAGGAAUUAGAGACACAGUUUCGUGGAACUAUCACAUCACAGAGUUCCUCUGAACAACAGAUAUUGAGGAAUUAAAUACACAAUUUCGUAAAACCAGCACAUCACAGAGUUUUUCUGAACAACAGAUAUUAAAAUCUGAUUGCUACAAGGAUG